AUGGCCGACAUAACUAUUUCCGAUGACAUGCUCGUGGGCCUUGAAGACAAGGUUGUUUUGAUCACCGGUGGGUCAUCCGGCAUAGGCCGAGCAACUGCACAGCUAUGUCUAGACCUAGGCGCGAACGUCGUCAUUGGAGAUAUCAGCCCCCCCAAAGCAGAAUUUGAGAAAACCGAGAAGCUCAAGUUCUUGGAAGUCAAUGUGACGGACUGGGAAAGUCUACGUAACAUGUUCGUUCAAGCGAAUGAAUGGUUCGGGCGUAUCGACCACGUCUUCGCCAACGCGGGUGUCGCUCCCACAACCGACUUUUUGGAUGUCACGCUGAAUGAAGCCGGCCAACUGGAACCGCCGAAUCUUCGAACUGUCAGUGUCAAUCUUCUGGGUCCAAUCUAUACGGUUCGACUUGCGUCGGCCUACAUGACGAGUUUGGCAAAGGAGCGUCCCGUCGGAAAGGGCUCCAUUGUGCUGACGGCCUCGACUUCGUCGUUCCAAAACUUCAGCUCCGGCGAUUACACCAUAACCAAGCACGGAGUUUUGGGUAUGAUGCGUGGCCUGGGAAGACAAAUCGAGAGCAAGAACAUCCGAUUGAACGCAGUUGCGCCUUCAUGGACUGCUUCUGGUAUAGUUUCUCCUGAGAACAUCAAGGUCAUGGGAAUUACGGUACAGUUGCCAGAGGUUGUGGCUCGAAGCGUGGCACUGCUUCUCGCCGAUGAUAAACGACAUGGCGAUGUUAUUUACAGCUGGAACGGCCAUUACAGAGAGGUUAACAAUGCGGAAGGUGGACUUCUUUCAAUGGCAGCGAAGCUUCUUGGAAAUGCCGAGAAUGAAGAGAGCGUCAUGCAGAAGCUGAGGGAGCACAAGCAAAAUGAGUCCCCUAGCUCCUGA